AUGGCAUUCCGUGUGCACGCCUACCUUCUUGAACAGGCCGCAGAGGCACCAGGCAGGCACGAGUGCAUCUGUCUGUACAACUCAGCCAACUUCGCCAACCAUAACAACAAAACAUUGGAUGACUUACGCAACGACUCAUCCACAACCCCCCGCAUCAUUGUUUCGACUGCAGCCCUAACCAACGGAGUCGACCCUCCAAAUAUCGGAUGUGUCGUUGUCUUCCCUCAACCUGCUACAAGUGACGAGUUGCUUCAGAACUUUGGGCGGGCCAAUCGAAAACGAAACCUCGCAGAUGCACAAGGCAUUGUUUAUGUGUCGAAGGAUGCUGUUCAGAAAGCAAAGCGAAUAGUCAGCCAAGGCGACAACACUGAAACAACAAAAGAGAACAUGCAGAUCUCAAUGGCCCGGCUCAUUCUCUCGCAAUGCAAGGUCAACGAGAUUGAUGCUCUGUACGACAACCCACCAUUUGACAUGUCCUGCACUUGCGCUAUAUGCCUGACAACUCCCCCGCCGCCAUCACGUGCCCAGGAUUGUAAUUGCAGUGGGUGUCAGCAAGAGGAGAGUGAGGAGACGGUUGCAUCUGCUGACAGCAGCAUGGUCAAAAAGAAGCGGAAAGAAGAGAAGGAUGGUUACCUGACCCUUGCCACAAAAAACAGAGGCCACAGCAGAAUUGGUUCGGUGGCGAGAAAAGGUCCGAUGGGGCAGUAUGGGGGAGCCUGA